UGAUAAUAUUAGACACGUGAUAAGGAAGAGAGGAGUAUAACAUUUGAAACGAUAAACAUCAGAAUGAGUGUGUCAGGACCUGACAUUGGUUUCACAGACCUUACAGAUCUCGGUAAGGGUCACAGAGGAUAUGCCCAUCAACUAACGUCAUUAUUUAACCAAUGUGAUUUUGGCACAGUGGAAACCCAUCGUCAUACCAUUAGCUUCAAAGAAGCAUCGAAAAGACUAAGGAAGCAAAUGAUGGAGUCUUUUGAAUAUAUAGAAAUUCAAACAGGUAGAUUGGUAAAAGAAUUUAAUAUUGGUAAAACACAUGUUUACUCGCAGUAUUCUAUUGAUUUCAAUCCAACACAGCCGUCCACUUGGGCUCCCUAUGGAGGUUUAUCUGUUAGUUGGGAAAAUUAUAAAAAGAAAGGAUUUGACGGAAUGAUAGCAUUGGGUUGUGUAAUAAAGGAUAUUAUUCCCCAAGUUAUUCGCGACACCAACAAAGCCUUAGAAAUAAAUCAUCAUAGCUAUGCAGCUGGAUUAGCACAGUCCUUGGUACAGUAUUACCUUCUACAAAAUCCUGAUGAUAGGUUACGCAGUGUAACUGUUGAGGAUCUGGGAAACAAUACUGGGAAAGAUGAACUUGGUUCCCCAGCUAGUGUAAUAUAUGCAGCGUAUAAACUAGAACCUAAGACGACCAAUUCGUUUCAGGAGUUAAAAAUUAAAGACGAACCUGAUGAUUUCAUAGUUAAUCAGUCAGCUAUAGAUCUAUUAGAGACGAAACUGUCAGGUGAAGGAUUAUACUUCCGUGGUGAGAUAUCAAAUGAUGGAAACUCGUUUUUCCGAUCAUGCAGUGACCAACUUGAAAGAUUAGAAAUGCCGUCCAUGGACCAUGCUGAACUAAGACAGAAAAUUGCUCAGCAAAUGAGAGGGAUGCCUACAGAUCAAAUUCAUGAUGCACAUUUUACAAAUGAAGAAUGGAACAUAUUUAUUAAGAAGAUCGCCGAAGAUGGAGAACACAUUGAAGAUGUUGUUGUGGAAAAAAUGGCAAUUCUAUUAAAAAAGAAAAUAGUCAUAUAUUCACUUUCCUAUGCCAAUGAAAUUAGUAAAAAGUCAAUUAAUGACGAGGCAUCCGGGACUCCUUUUUUACUUGGAAAGGAAAAAAGUUAUUACACAAGUCUUGAAAGAGGUCAGGGUACUUCGCCUGUCAGUAAGGACAAACAGAAUGCAUGUCAAAAAAGACCAGCGAAGAAUGUUCAAUUUGCUGGCGAUGUGUCACUUGCAAAACAACCUAAACAGACAAAGGCAGCAGACAGGAAGUCGGAUGUGUCAUUUGGUGGGGAUGUAAUGCCAGACAAAGAGUCGGACAAAUCUGCCACUUUUUCAGCCAAACUUAUUAAAUCAUCUACACCAGUGAAGAUUGUGCAAGAGGGACCAUCGACUGAAGGAGCGCCGACUAAAAGAAAACAAGUCACUAAACCAAUGAAGAAAUUAACAAAAGAUGAAAAGUUAUUGAUACUACGCUGUUACCAUGCAUUACAGGUCAAAGGUGACUGGGAUAAAUUGGCUGAAAUGGUGUACAGUAGAAGAGAAGAAAAAUUGUCACGUGAGAUGGUUCAUCAUUAUGAACAAAACUUAGAUCUGAAGACAACACUGAAGAACAGAAUAAAAGAUUUCAUAAUGAGAGUAACAAAAGACAAAGGAGAAAACGAGAAGGAUUCAGAAGUAAAGGCUUUAAUACAGCUGAUUUGAUUGGUCACUUUAACAAAAGACAAAGGAGAAAAGAGAAGGAUCCAGAAGUAAAGGCUUUAAUAUAGCUGAUUUGAUUGCUCACUUACACAUCUAAUAUUGCAUGAAAUACUCCAUAUGUAUGCAUGGCAUAUACACGCAUAAUCUUUCGACACAGAAUAUCUUGAUUAAUUUUCUGAACGAUUUUUAGUUCAUCAUUGUGUUUAUUUCAUUGAUGUUGCAUUUUUAUAGAACUCAUGAUUUUAUCAAGUUAGCUAAGGAUGUAUUCUUCUGACGAUUUAAUCUCGUUGAAAUCUCGUUCUGGUAUCAUUUCCAAAGCAAGUUGAAAAUAUCAAUGAAUUUAAAAAAUAUUAUAAUCAAACUAAACUAUGUGAAAAAAUUGUGUACUUACAAUAAGUAGUUUUUGAGUGAUAAAGUUUUCAAUUUUUUUAACCAAUCCGUUCAGUGGCAUCAGCCAAAAUGUUGAGAAAAUCGGUGAGGGUACAAAGAAAUUAUUUUACCAAAAAUAUGUACAUCCCAUAUCAAUUUUUUCUUUUUAAAAUUCUUAAAUAUGUAUUUUUCAAUCAUUCUUAACAAAGAAGUUGAUAUAAUAUGCUUUUUGUUCUAAAAAAAGAGAAAAAUUCCAAAUUUACAAAAUUUACAGCAUGGUCAAUUAGACACGAAAAAGCAACAAAAUUUUAUAAAACUUUCUUAUAUUAACACCUACCUAUAGUUUUUUAAGUUAAAUUUAUUCAGAUUGGUCCACUUCAUCUUUAGAGUAAGUAUGAAAAAAAGUUUAAUUGUGAAACCAUGAUUUUUUUCAUGAUAAUAGCCCAAAAAUGGGUAAAAAUUGAUGAAAAAUGGGAAACUGAAACAUGGAGUACUUUCAAAUGGCCUAAGCAAAAAAAGAAGUGCACCACCGUAUGAUUUUUUCUUCGUCAAUUACUUUCUUACAGUCAUAUAAACCCAAAAAUCAGGUAAAGAAAAAAGUUUAAUUCUAGAAAUUUUGGCUCCUCAGAGGUGUACAUCCUUAAGUUCAGUGUAUUUUUUUGCAUUGUUUUGUCAUAUUAUAUGAUUUAUAGUUUCAUUUUGUCAUGUAAGCUCAGUUAAUUGCUCACAUUGUUUUGUAAUUUUAUAUGGUUCAUGAUUGUCUAAUCAUCAUUUUAGUUUUAGUUCAUUUAUUCGCAAUAUUUAACUUUAUAUUAUUCAUGUUUGUCAUUUCAGUUUGAUUGAUUAGUUCGUUUUGUUUUAUAUUUUUAUAUUAUUUAUGUUUGUUAUUUCGUUAUUAAAACUCAUAUCAUGGCUUCGCUUUGCAUUGUAUGGUUAUAUGAUUCAUAAUGUCGAUAUGUAACACACAACAUAUUUGAUAAAGACGAUGAUAGUAUAAGAUAUUGGACUAUAAUCUAAAAAAUAAAUAUUUUGUCUGAGUUUGAA